GAUGUUAAACGCUCCGCUCCGUAAGAAAUCUUCUUCACUGGUCAUUUUACCCGGCAGUUUGAAACCGAUUCCCUUCACCGUGCCGACCCAGAGGAGAACUGAAGAUAUUUCUAGUGAACCACCAUCGCCGAUCAGGGCGAAGAGGUACUCCUUAGAUUCAGCUGCAACUGAGUUUCAAGGAGCCUGUUUGGGAGCCAUCGACCCGGCUUUAUAUCGCGAAGUAGACGCUGACGACGAUUACGAAGUGACGCCAGAUCACGUAGGCCGGAUUUGGUUUGCCGUACAAUACGAAAGAGAAAGCGAAAAGCUGUUGGUAACAAUAAUGAAAGCGAGGAAUUUAUUGAUUCAAGGAAACGGUGUAUGUGAUCCAUUCGUAAGGAUCCAUUUGACGCCGGACGAAAGACGCCACGUAAAUUCGAAAUGCAAGAAGAAGACGAAUAACCCCAAUUUCGAGGAGACUUUUGCUUUUCACGCAUCUUUCCGGUCGUUCGACGAACGGGCUAUUUGCCUGACAGUAUACGAUUACGACAGACGCAAGAAGCACUCAAUAAUCGGCAGAGCUUUGUAUCCGCUAAAAAAUGUUGUCGAUUGCGAAUCGAACGAUCGUCUAGUCGCCUGGAGGGAUUUGCAGAAGGACGAUAGCGGUCUACCGCAACCGCAAGGAGAGUUACGAAUUUCAUUGGCGUUUAAUGACUGCCUUGGUCUUUUAACCGUUUCCGUUUUCGAAGGUAGAAAGUUUAGAUUAGAAAAGAAAAAUAUGCAAAAUUAUUACAUCAAAAUCACGUAUUUACUUUCGAAUAAAAUAGUUAAGAGGAAACAAUCGGAUGUGGCUAAAGGCGAUUGCCCAGUAUUUAACGAAUCUUUUACUUUUAAGUUAGCUAAUGAAAGUGUUCAAGACGCAAGCGUUUCCAUUACAGUAAUGCAACGUUUCACCGGUCAAAGAAAGAGGCAAUUGGGUAGAGUGGCUCUCGGUUCUCAUAUGUUCGCGAGAGGUCGGGAAUUAGAACAUUGGAAUGAAAUGGUUGCCAAGAAGAAGGAGCGAGUAGAAAAAUGGCAUAAAGUGUAUUAA